AUGGCACCAAGGCAUUUCUGUGCACACCUCCAACAGCAUGAACAUGGGGAGAAAAAGGCAUACACCCCCAGGCACACCCGUAUCCCCAGCAGCCACCAAUUAUAUUGCAAUAAUUAUCCGCCGUCUUUCUUCCACCCCCUGGCCGGUUUCCCGGGCCCCAAAUUCGCCGCAGCUACUAGCUGGUAUGCGUUCUACUACGACGCAGUCAAGGGUGGGCAGUUUUAUAGGGAGAUGAAGCGCAUGCAUGAUAAAUAUGGCCCUAUAGUCCGCAUCAACCCCAAAGAAGUUCACAUCCUCGAUGCAAGUUUCUACGACGAAAUCUACGCGCCGGCCUCAAAGAGGCGUGACAAGUACGACCAGUGGGUUGUCUUCCCCGAUGUUCCCACCGGGGCUUUCGCUACGUGCCCGCAUGAGCACCACCACAUUCGACGGCAGGCUUUAAACUUAUCGUUCUCGAAGAAGGUAAUCUACGAAAUCGAGAAUCUAUUAGUGAACAAAGCGAGACGUCUAUGCAGUCGUUUCGAAAAGAUGGCCCAAACCGGGGAAGAAGUGCGUAUCGAUGCCGCCUUUUUUGCUCUUGCAAAUGACAUUAUCACCCAGUACACGUUUGGCGAGUGCUACGACUGCCUCACAGAAGACGACUUCCGGAAGGAUUUCAAGCGGAUACUUUUAAGUGCUGUCGAAACCGGUGCCUUUGUUCGACAAUUCCCCUGGUUGGUUGGCUUUGUGCGGCGCAUCCCGUUCUGGGUAUUGGGGAGGAUCAGCAGAGGUUUCGCCACCAUUCUGAACUGGGAGAGCAUUGUGCGCAGGAGAGUUGAGACUUGGAUGGCGACGUCAAAAACGGAGAAUCAGACCGAGGUUACGUCAGUCUUUUCGAGAUUGCUAACCAGUGACUUGCCUGACAGCGAGAAAUCCUUUCAGCGGCUGGUUGACGAGGGCAAAUCGCUCACGGGUGAGGGGAGCGAGACAAUAUCAUGGACGUUGACACUACUCAUCUGGUACGUGACGCAGGACAAGGAAAUUCUUGAAAACUUGAGACAGGAUCUCAACGACAUGCCUCGUGGUGGUUCAAGACCUUCCCUGCUCAGUUGGAUAGACAAGCGAGCAUAUCUAAAAGUUGUGAAGGAUGCAGCGGUCACUGAAGCAUUGAGGCUUAAUUAUGACGCCCUCGGCCGCUUAACCCGUGUUGCCCAAGAGCCGAUUCAAUAUGGUGACAGGGUGAUUCCUCCCGGCGUGAGUGCUGCUCAGCGUUGA